GUUUCCUACGAUACGCAAUCGCUAUAUGCGACCUUUCAAGCAGUAUGUUAAUCAAGGUUUAAGAGGAAACACAAAUGUACUGACGUUAAGCCAUCUCUGGUUGCUUUUUGAUAUGGUAGGAAGACUACUAUUGUUCUCGCUCGCUUGUAUCUUUGCAGAAAUCACUUACUUCCGCUACAGCCAGCGACUCUCAGAAUGGAUCAAAGCACAUCGCUACUGUCAUCAACUUUUUGAAUGGUUUCGCAAAGCUGGUCAACUUCUUCAACUCCAUCCUAAGCGUGAAGCCGAAAAUAAAAAUACUGUUGAACUCAAGGGCAUCUCAUACUUCGCGGAAUAAGAUCAUUUGUUUACGUAAAUCGAAUGCGUCUGCUCGCAAAAUCAUUUGAUUGAAAUAGUUAGUUCAAAACUGUGUCGUUAUUUGCAGAACGUAACUUUACACACAUUCUUCUUGCUAUUCAUAAUCUUCCGUUCAUAUAAC